CUGAUCUUCAGAAAUCACAGCUAGCACACUCUCCACUGACCAUGCAGCUGCUGAACCAGCUGGUAAUGCUCACCUUUCCAUAGCAUGCCUGCAGAUUUAAAUCCUAGAAUCAAUCUCAUCAAGGUCUCAGAACAUCAUACAACAUCUGUAACUCACGACAAUGAAUGUAUCCAACAACUGCAGCACCACAACUCUAGAACUGCAUCACCACGUUCGCCUCAUUGAACUUGCUCUGUAUAGCCUCAUUUUCUUUUUUGGGGCACUAUUUAAUGUCCUUGCCUUCUGGAUGUUCUCCUGCAAGAUGAAGAAGUGGACAGAAACCAGGGUGUAUGUAAUGAAUUUAGUGUUUGCAGAUUUCUCUGUCGUCUGCACCUUGCCUGCCAUGGUUUAUUUACUGUGGAAUGAGUCAGCCCGAGGGGAGCUCUGCCAGUUUACAGAGACCAUGUAUUUUAUCAACAUGUUAGUGAGCAUCUACAUCAUCUCAUUCAUCUCCAUUGAUCGAUACAUUGCCAUAAAGCACCCUCUGAGGGCCAGGACCUUCAGGUCGCCGUCCAAGGCUGCUCUCCUGUGUGGGCUCCUGUGGGUCCUGGUGAUCAGCAGUGCCAGCAUCCAGCUCUGGCAGAGACACGCAGCCCUCUGCUUCCACACCUACACCCCCCUGCCUGCUGCCCUCAGCCUGCUGGCCAUCUUCUUCGUGUUCACCCUCCCAUUGGCAAUCUUGACCUUUUGCUCCACAGAAGCCAUCAGGAACCUCAAGAAACAUCUGAGCACGAAUUCAGCGGAGGAGAAGUCAAUCCAGAAAGCCGUGCACAUUAUUUAUGCAAAUCUGAUUGUAUUUCUGAUCUGUUUUCUGCCAGCCUACCUUGGGCUGCUGGCCAGGUUCAUCAUAGAGAGCCUUGCACCUACCUGUUUCCUGCUCUGUGUCAUGAGGAACUUCUCCUCUGUGAUGAGGUGCAUUGCCACCUCCAACUGCUGCCUCGAUAGUGUCUGCUACUACUUUGUCACCAGGGAGUUCCAUGAAGCCUUUCUCUGGCCCAAAGCCAGCACUCAAAAACCAGAGGCAACCCACCCCAUGCAGAUAGAGACUUGCUAAAGGAAAAAUGGGGAACAAAACCCACCCACAACAUCUGCAACGUAGAGAGGAAAUACAGCUUCAGGGCUAUUGGGAUAAGUAUUGCUCUUUUUCUCUAGCAAGUUCUUCGUUAGGUUUAGAAAUUUAUACUCUAUGUGUUUGUUAAACAAAUAGGUGACAGAGAUGUGUAGAAGUGUGCAUGUAACUGCUGGUUGUUAACGUGCCUCCAUU